AUGAUAAGUCUAUCGGAUGAAUCACAAAAAUCAGGGUCACAAUAUCAAUUCCCCCUGAUAUCCGAUCGUCUCAGGAUAACAUCGAAACCAAAUAUUCCCAAACAAUCUCAUCAAUUAAUUUCUAAUGUACAUGGAUUAUAUGGUGUACAGCCAAAACUUGAUAGUAUACGUCGAUCGGAAAUAUCCGGAACAUCAUUACAUAAAAAAUAUUUCCAUACCGGUCAUAAAUUACCCGCAUCAUCCGAAAUUACCCUAUCAACAUAUCCGUAUCAGCAAUCACAUCAAACAAUUGGACCAAAAUAUCAACUUUUACCAUCUUCUUCACAUGCUGAAUAUCGACCAAAACCAGGACAACUUUAUCCAAAUUAUCAUUUAUCAUCACCGUUACCGUACAAUCGAUUACGUAAUCCUCAACAAAAAGAUCAUCAAAAAUUAUCCCAAAAAUCGGAUUCAAUAUCACAAUCUCGUGUAACAUUUCAACAUCAUAUAAAACAAUUAAAUGAAAAUCGAUUACCAGUAAAACUGGAAUACGAAACAACCGGAUCUCAAAUAAAACCUCAUAAUUAUCCGAAAAAACAAGAUUCAAAAAAUGAAAAUUCUUCAGUUAGACCGGAUUCUGAAUCAUCUAUUGCAUUGACCACCGCUAUAACAUCAUUUAAUCAACAAUGGUUCAAACAAUCGACAAUUUCACUACCGUAUGAGCAAGAAGCUCAUCGUUCACGAUAUCCGGAUCAUGAGGGAUUACGGUACCGAGAACGACCGGGACCAGAUCGAGCGCAUUCCGGUUUGCUGCCGCAUAGUCUUCAAGCAAAAGAUCUUGUUCUGCAUCUCAUAGCAUUAAAUACACCAAUGAGUGGUAAUAUGCGUGGCGUACGUGGAGCUGACCUAGCAUGCUAUCAGCAAGCUCGAGAAGCAAAUUUCCGUACCACUUUUCGGGCAUUCCUUUCAUCACAUGUUCAGGAUCUAAAUAAAGUGGUACAUAGUGGUGAUCGUGAUACACCGGUAGUUAACCUUCGCGGUGAGCGAUUAUUCGAUUCCUGGGCUGACAUAUUCCAGCAACGACAAAUGGCUAAUGUACCAAUUUACUCAUUCAAUCGUCGAAAUGUUUUCGUUGAUUCGAUUUGGCCUGAAAAACGUAUAUGGCACGGUUCGGAUUCAUCCGGUAUGCGUAGUGAGUCCGGUUACUGUAGUGCAUGGAGAUCAGCAGCAUCAUCCCAAGUGGGACGAGCGUCAUUCAUCGGACGUGGUUUACCAUUAUUACGUGACAACCGUGAUUCCGAAUGUUCACGUGAAUUAAUAGUACUCUGCAUUGAGGUAACUUAA